CUCUCUCCGUCCCUCUCCAUUUCUUAAAUUGGUUUAAAACCUCCUCCUGUUUGGUUCUUGGACUCAGAAUUAAUAAUAUCUGAUUAUUCUUCAUUCUUAUAAUUUAGAGUAGGCGAUGGGUUUGUUCAAUUCUUGUGGUGUGGUUUACAAGCCUGCCAAAGAUGUCGAUUUGAGUCCCACAAGUUCUGAAUUCUACCUCAAAGCUAAUGUCAAAGCUCCUCGCAUGAUAGGGGUUGUGGUGAAAAUAUUUGCAUGGGUCCUAGAAAUGAGGAUUUUGGGGAAGUUGUUAUUGUACGUUCUCAAGGCCAAUAAUCUCAUUUACAAGCUCAUUGGAGAUGCGGAGAUUGAAGAGUCGCCUGUCUUUUGUCCCUCGCAUCCUGUUGAGGAAAAAGAAAGCGAGGAGGUCAAGCACAUUGACUUCGAUCUAUCUGAAACAGAACAAGUUCAAGAGGCAGUUAGUUGUCUGCCUACAUGGUCAGAGAGAGAAGUAAAUUGUUUGAAUCCUUCAUUUCACCGCUGGACAAUAAUGGACUACGCAAGGGCAUACCAUUCAAAAAAAACAACUCCUCUAACUGUUGCAGAGAGAUUCGUAGCAGCUGUGAGUGAAUCGUCCAAACCUCCAUUCAACAUGUCAUUCUUCAUUAAUUAUGAUGUUGAAGAUAUUAUGAAACAGGCAGCCGAAUCAACUAAACGAUAUGAACUCGGAAGACCCCUUUCAGUUCUAGAUGGUGUUCCAAUUGCAGUCAAGGAUGAAAUAGAUUGUUUACCAUAUCCUACUACAGGAGGGACAAGUUGGUUGCACAAACUAAGACCUUGUACAGGUGAUGCAAGCUGUGUGAAAUAUCUCAGGUUAUGUGGAGCCCUAAUUGUUGGGAAAACCAAUAUGCAUGAACUUGGUAUUGGAACAAGUGGAAUAAACCCUCAUCAUGGAUCAACAAGAAAUCCAUAUAAUUCAAGCAGGAUAUGCGGAGGUUCCUCUAGCGGAUCUGCUGCAGUUGUUGCUGCAGGACUAUGUCCUGCUGCUCUAGGCGUUGAUGGAGGAGGAUCUGUGAGAAUCCCUGCAUCUCUAUGUGGAGUUGUCGGUUUGAAGCCAACGUUUGGCCGUGUUCCUCAUUCUGGUGUCCUUCCUCUAAAUUGGACCGUUGGAAUGGUUGGGAUACUGGCAGGCACAAUUGAGGAUGCAUUUAUUGUUUAUGCAGCUAUAAGCAGCAAACUUCCUUCGCAUCAGAAUACUGCACUGCCCAAACUUUGUUUUCCUUUGCUCAAUUCUUCAAGACCAAUAUCUUCGAUUACAUUGGCAAAGUAUGGCGAGUGGUUUAACGACUGCAGUGAUGAUAUCAGAGUUUGCUGUUCCAAUGCCUUGGACAAACUUCAAAAACAUCAUGGUUGGAAGAGUGUGGAGGUGACUAUUCCAGAGAUAGAAGUAAUGCGUUUAGCACAUUAUUCAACAAUUGCAUCCGAGUGCAGCACUUCAUUGAGUUCUUAUCUUGAAAAGUUGGACUCCUCACAACUAGGAUGGGAUGCAAGAGUAGCACUUGCGGUUUAUGGUUCUUUCAGUAGCAAGGAGUACAUAAAAGCUCAGAAGAUUAGGAAUCGCCAGAUGUAUUUUCAUCGGAAAAUAUUAGCACAUGCAGAUGUCAUUGUUUCACCAACAACUGGUGUAACUGCUUACCCAAUCUUGAAUGCUGCUCUCAAGACUGGCGAACUUGACUACAUUAAUGGAGGGGGUCUAUCAGCAAGAUGGCACAUAUGUAGAGUAUUUAAAGAAAUUCUUGAACCAUUCUACCCCUUACCUGAAAUGGCUAGAAGUGUGUCGAUGGAUGCCUUCUUAACGGAAUUGUAACCGGAGUUGAGAGUAGAGGUGGUUAGCCGUCACACCAAAAAUUUAGACGAAUGUAUGAAGGAAGUCCAAAGGGUAAAUGACUGAAAUAUUGCCCUAAGUCUCGCCUUAAAUGACCUCGAGGUCCAUAGGUCUAGUAAGAAGGAGGCACAAAUCGCCAGAGCCCAAUAGACCCAAUCAGAGAAAAACAAUGUAAAGGGCAAGUUCAAAAGCUAGAUGCGACCAAGUACAAUACCUAUUCGAGGGAACUAUACGAGAAAAGGGCCACCGAUUAAGAGGCUAUUCGGCGGUGAAUUGCGAAAUCGUUUAGAUAAGGGGUUUUGUUUUCCUUGCAACGAGAAGUGGUUCCAUGGUCAUUGAUGCAAGGUGAGGGAGAACAGGAAGCUGAUGUUGUUCAUCAUGAACGAAGAAGAGGAUUGUGAAGAAGAACCAGAAGAGGGAACAGGGGAGAAUGAACCCGAGACUGUCGAACUAAAAUUGAUGAAAGUAAACGGAAAGACGGAAAUUGCACUUCGAAACAUCCAUGGUUUCACUGAAAAGGGAACCAUAAAAUUGAGGGGAAGAAUCAAGGGUAGAGAGGUAAUUGUGUUGGUUGACAGUAGAGAGUGCUACAAUUUUAUACACUAGGGAUUGGUGGAGGAACUCCACUUACCGGUCGCGGAUGGAACAAAGAUUGAGUGACUAUAGGAGACAGGAUGGAAAUAAAAGGGGCAAUGCCUCUGCCAAAGAGUUGAACUAAAAUUGCCAGAGAUUACCUUUAAAGCGGACUUCUUAGCCAUCGAUCUAGGUAAAUUGGAUGUGGUACUAAGGUUGUCGUGGCUAUGCUCGAUAGGAUUUAUGGAGGUUCAUUGGCCUUCAAAAUCAAUAGCGUUCAGAAUGGAAAACAGAAUGGUGGUCACCAAGAGAGAUUCAUUAUUAACUACGAAAGAGUGUUCAUUAAAACAACUGACCAGGAUGCGGGACGAGGAAGAUCAGGGAUUUUGGGUCGAAUUUCAGAAUUUGGGGUGUGAGGAAGAUGAGGAAAUAGAAGAUGAGAUCAGCAAAAGAGGAGAUGAGGAAGGGCUGCCAAUGAUACAUGCAUUACUGAAGCAAUAUGAGGACAUCUUCGAGACAACCAGGAAGUUGCCUCAGAAAAAAGCAAUUGAUCAUCGAAUUCUGAAAAUGGAAGGUCAAAAACCCAUUAACGUGAGGCCAUAUAAGUAUGGGCAUAUCCAAAAAGCUAAGAUAGAGAAACUAGUGAUGGAGAUGAUGCAGGUCAAGUAGAAGCCUGUAUUCCAGCCUUGUACUGCUAGUUAAGAAAAAGACGGGUCGGCAUUUCUAUGUGGACUACCGCAAAUUGCAUCAAGCCACAAU